AAAGGAGCACAGUUUCUGCGGUUGUGUAUUUCAUUUUUUUUAUAUAAAAUUAUCGUUGUAACUAUACUUGCGAAAAAGAUAAUUUAUUUAUUUCAAUUCUUUUUAUAUAUGUAAUUUAUUAACGGAUAGUUUAUUGUUACAUUAUUUAAGAAACAAUUACAGUUUGCAUGUAUUUGGAAACAAAAAAUAAUAAUAAAUUUUUUUUACGAAAUCAAGAAAGGAUUUAAUUAAUUUUGCCGUAAGUGAAAAGUAGUGUAAUAGUAAAGCGCGGACAAUUCGCAAUAAAGCGGAUCGCACAUAAUUGCAAGCAAACGCUACCUGUGUUGUAAAUGUUAGUUGCACUGUUGGCAGUGGAUGCCGUUUUCCGAAAGUCUUUAAAGAAUUUUGAAAAGCGUUUUAUUACGGAAGCUCGAGUUGAACGAACUCAAAACGUAAUACAAAUUGCACAUUUGGAACACGUAAAAAAUACUGUAUCCGUAGAUUUUAUGGGCAAGAUGGGUGGUGGAGGUGGUCAACAAAGCCCUCCUGCUGUUUCGAAUGAAAAUGUUGCAGAUAAUACCGGCAUGGGAAAGCACAAUGUGACCUUAAUUGCCUUCAAAACGGGAGAUAAUCAAUGCUGUCAAGAGAUUAACAGUCCAAAUGUUAAGAUUGUAAGCAGUAGUGGUAAUCACGAUCACGGCUCGUCUAAAGUUAAAUUGAAAAAUAUUGUUGACUAUAAAUGGGAAGUGAAGACAUAUCCUGCCCAUUUGAUAGCUGUUCACAUAGAUGAGAAGUACAUUGCCUAUGUAAUUAAUGUUAAUAAAGUGACACGUAUGGAAGGUAUGGUGCGCGUUGUCAAUACUACCAAUGGCUUAAGGGCACUUAUAAAGGGCAUGGCAGGGGAAGUCUUAGACUUGCAAUUUGCCCAUAUAGAAAAGGAACAUAUAUUAGCGUCAAUUGAUUUGAAUUCUUUGUAUGUGCACAAAAUUGAUGAGAUUGAUGGGGCUUUAUUAUGUAAUUUAAUAAUUAAAAUCGAAUCCCCUUUGCCCAAUUACACGCCAAAGCACGACAAAAUAUCUUGGUGUCCAUUCAUUGAUGUUCCUGGUGAAGAUGAUGAAGACAGCCAGCUAAUUGUAUGGGCUCGUGGCACCGUGUUUCAAUGUUUCAAUAUUAACCUAAUCGUAGCCGAACAUGGCAUUGGAAAGAUUCAAGAAGGUGAUAUCAGGUCGGGUUUUAUCAAACAUGAAGAUAAAGCAGUAAUCAUCACUUGGGUAGCUUUAUCGCCGGAUGGAUCUACUCUUGGCGUGGGAAGUACAGAUGGUGUCAUACGUUUCUAUCAGGUCUACAUUCACGACAAAAAUCCACGUUGUCUACAUGAAUGGAAACCCCAUAAUGGCAAGUCUGUCUCUUCAUUCUUCUUUCUCGAUAAUUUGACUAAAAAUAAUACUGACACUUAUUGGAAAUACGCUAUUACUGGUGCUGAAAAUAAUACCGAAUUUAAGGUUUGGGAUUGCGGUACUUGGAAUUGUUUACAGACAGUUAAUAUAAUGGCGGCCAAUGAAGAAAAGUCUCUGAGAUUUAUUGCUGAAAUUGACCGAACUUCAUCCUAUUUAGUCAUUUCCAGUCUCGAGACUCGAAUAUGUUAUGUAAUGCAAAUAAUCAAUAAUGUUAGUACGAGCACAUUUAAAGAUUUUUCAUCAGACAUUGAUGAAUCGCUGAUGAAUAAAGAUACAAGUGGUAGUAGCAUUGCAUCACAUUCUUCCAAUUUGACUUCGAAAAGUUCCAUUUCAAUGUUUUCGCCAGCCGUUUAUAUUAAAAGUAUUUCUGAAUUUCCUCUAAAUUCGGGAAUUCUUUCAUUUACGAUUGUCGAUGCCGCUGUGCGUCGCUAUAAAUGUGCCAAUGACAAUUAUUUAUGCGAUGAAUUGGACGAUUAUGAUGAGGAGACCAAUUCUAUUUAUUGCGUAGUUGUUCACAUGUAUAUCGUGCAGUCGAAAAGUAUGCAAGAAUGUCAUAUACUAUACCAACCAACGGUGCAUGAAAGCGUUGAUAUAAAGAGCACAAUGUCAAGCAGCGAAACUAGCAAUCAAAGCAUACAUUCGAAAAAUUCUUUGCAUAAUGACAUUUUAAACAGCAACUCAAACACGAUUGACAACGACAGGGUGAAUACGGAUGACGACGAUGGUGAAGAAAAUGAUCCAUCCGUCGACGCAAUUUCGACAGAAAGCAAUGAAAAGAAUCCCUUGGAGGUUUUAUUGAGCAUGGCAUCAGCUACUGUUGUAAACAGCCAACAAUCUACUUUAACAUCGAAUUCAACAGGAUCAACCGUAGUGGCAGUCGCAACUGGUACUUGUGGGACGGCCGUUGCUGAAGGCAACGGAGACUCUCUUAAUCCUUCGCCAAAAUAUACACAAGUUAAUCUCAUGACGCCAGACGCUUUCGCUUCCACAUCAUCUGCUAGCGAACGCAAAACUCCCGACAAUGUUAGCAGUGAAGUCCUAAAUACUAUUUUAAUGUUAGCUACUGUCACUGGAUCGAAUUCGGGCGCUACCAAGCACGAUAAUAAAAAUUUAUUAAAUUUAGUUAAUAAUAAAUUAAUUGAAGACCAAGAACAUCAGCAAAUGCAAUUAAAACAUGGUAUGGAAAUUCAAAAAAAUAACUUUAUUGCUAUCGAUAGAAAUCCGGGACGUACUAUAGGAGAUAAUUUAACUAGUGGCGGCUCAAGUCCAAGUCGUGAGGUUCAAGAAAUUAUGUCUUUGCAGGAUUUUGACAAAAUUUCCUUUAGUGGUGACGAGCUCUUGGAAGAAGUAUCAACGCAUACAACUGCUGACGAUGUAGACGCUAAUACGUUGAGUGUUAAAAUAGAACAUGAAUCAUCCAUUUGUAACACUAAACUUAGUCAGAAUUCAAGUACAACUGUUAAUUGGCCAAAAAUUCCAGACGUACCUAAGGUGGCGAACACAAAACAUUCAGCUGAAUUGCAGAACGCAGCAAAUUUAAUAUCACAAGCUGUAAACGCUUCUUCAGUAUCCAGUCUUAGCAAUAGCCACUUAGCUCCAAAUUUGGGAAGUACUAACUCGAGUAAUGCAGCGACAAUGCCUUCGAAUUGCGUUACGGUUACAGCAUCGGACUUAAAUGAAAUGAAUAUGAAAAUGACUGAACUUAUAGAUUUAGUAAAAAUGCAAACUAUUCAAAUAAAUAAUUUGCAGAAGGAGGUAACAGAUCUAAAAAAUUUAGAUGAUAUAGCAACAACCAACAAAAACAUAUCUGAAUACCCUUUCAAAUUGGAAAUGCAAUUGACUAAAAUGCUCGAACAGUAUUUGAAACGUUAUGAAAUAGAACAUAAACGUAAACUGGCUGCCUUUAUGGCGGAAAGAGAAGCCCAAAAUCGUGAAUUACGUGAAAGCAUUGUGCAAAUCAUGAACCAGUAUAUUCUGACACAAUUUGGUGAAAUAGUUUCAAAAGUAAUGGCUAUUGAAGCCCAACGGCAACUGGUUCCCAUGUUAUCUGCCAAACUUGACGCAUUGCAACAUCAAAUACAAAUUGACGUUGGACAAAAAUUGACCGCCUUCGAUUCAAUGCUUAAAGAGAAUAUUGCGCAAGCGUGCAAGAAUAAGAGUAUUAUUGAUACAUUUGGCAAAUCGGUGUUGGUGGGUGUGCAGGGCAGUUUGCAAUCUGCUUUCAUAGAGUCUAUGUCCAGUACGUUAAUACCGGCGUAUGAGAAAUCCUCGCAAAAUAUGUUCAAACAGCUGCAUGAAGCUUUUUCCGUUGGAAUUAAAGAAUUUAUGGAACAAUUUGAUAAUUAUUUGCAACAACUGCAACCUAUGCAUGACUCCACAGAAGAUAUCCUCAACAAAUUCUCAGGUUUUCGUCAGCAUCUCGAUUCGAUUUUGACGAAACAUCGUAACAGUGUUCAUGAGGCUGUGCUAGAAACACGUAAAGAUAUUAAAGGAUUGGAGAUUUUACUGUCUCAUCAGAUACAAGAAAUAAUACGAUCCGAAGUGCGGAAAUCAUUCGAAACUCAGGCCGUAGCUUUACGAUCGCAAGCCAAUACUCCUGCUCCUCUAUAUGAUCUUAAAGAUACCAUUAAACACUUGUUGAUGCAAGGGCAAAUCAAUAAAGCUUUUCAUCAAGCAUUGCUGGCAAAUGAUCUUAACUUAGUCGAAUACACUUUAAAAAGUGCCGAUCAUAAUGCAGUUUUUACACCAGACUGUUGCCUUGAACAGAAGGUAUUGUUAUCAUUAAUUCAACAGAUUUCCGCUGAUAUGAGUAAUCAUAACGAAGUAAAACAAAAUUAUUUGGCAGAGGCUUUAUUGGCAAUCAAUGCCCAUGAUCCCAUUACCCGCGAACAUGCUCCUAAGGUGCUGCAAGAACUGUUUCGCAAUUGUCAAAUGUUUUUAAUUAACUACCCAAAGAGUUCCCAAUGCAGUAAUGUACGCAUGCUUAUGAAAGCGGUACAAGCAUAUAAGAGUCAAUUCUAAUACACGAUUGGUGUUGGUUUAACAAACUGAUAGUAAAACUUCAUCGCUAAUCUUAUUCGUCACAAUUAUUGGCUUCUCAGUGAUGGCAGUUGAAUAUUUAAGCAUUUCAUAACGAACUUGAAACAAA